GAGUGGCUGGCUUUUGAAGGCGAGGAUGGCGGGAACUUGUCCCCGGGCUGCGUGAGCCCGAGGAGAGGAGGUUUGUCUGGAGGUGGCUAGAUGUGACUUCCUUGCCAUUUUUUCUUGUGUCGGCGCGGAAAUCGAGGUUCUUGCUGCCGGCGCCUGGACCGCUUCCCGGGAAGGCUGGUGGAUUUGGAAACCUGAGCGGAUGGAACUGGCGAACACUUCCAGUCCGGAGGGCGGGCCCGGGGCAGGUGUGCUCGCUCACUUGGAAAGACUAGAGGCUGAAUCCCGUAAAAAAUUCGAAGAGCCACAGGGAGCGGAGAGCGCUCUUGGAAACAAGAUUCGUAACCUGAGGAGUCUGCGAGAUAAACUGAGGGCGGAAGUGAACCGGCGUCAGGCCGGAGUAGAAGCCAGUGUAGAACCUGACCAAACAUUUGAGGUCAGUGAGCAAGAAGUUUUGGAAAGAAAACGAGAAAAUGUGAAAUCCAUUCUGCAAGCAUAUCGUUUUACAGGGCUCAGUGGGAAACUGACCAGCAGAGGAGUCUGUGUUUCCAUCAGCACUGCUUUUGAGGGGAACCUGCUGGAUUCCUAUUUUGUGGAUCUUGUCAUACAGAAACCACUUCGGAUACAUCACCAUUCGAUUCCAGUCUUCAUUCCCCUAGAGGAGAUAGCUGCAAAAUACCUACAGAGUAAUAUUCAGCACUUCCUGUUCAGUCUCUGCGAAUACCUAAAUGCUUACUCUGGAAGGAAGUAUCAAGCAGAUCGACUUCAGAGUGACUUUGCAGCCUUUCUGGCUGGGCCCUUGCAGAGAAACUCACUGUGCAACCUGCUAUCAUUUACUUACAAAGCGGAGCCGAGUGGCCAGUCCUUCCCAUUUUGUGCUAGACUGCUAUAUAAGGACAUCACAAGAACCCUUCCAACUGACGUCACUGUUACUUAUCAAGGAACGGAUGCAUUGUCCACCUCCUGGGAAGAACAGCGAGCUUCCCAUGAAAACCUGUUCUGUACAAAGCCCCUUCAUCAAGUGUUUGCUUCAUUUGCAAGAAGAGAAGAAAAGCUGGAUAUGAACCUGCUCUACUAGAAUAUUCUUUGCAUUGAGAACACAUCAAAAGAAAUGGCGUGCCACAUGGUCGGGCAACAUGUUGGUGACCAGGGCCUCAUUCCAGCGUCGCAUCUCGUAGACACGUUCCUUCUGGUCAUGGACCUCAAUCUUCCACAAGAACAGUGUCCGUGCGAGUUUUUCUACCUGCAGACACAUGCAAGGUGUAUGUUCUAAACUGGCCAUUUGAUGGGAAGAUGAAAACUGGGAGGAAGAUGGCUACAUGGCAAGGGAAAGAAAAAGACCACCCAGAGCUGCAGUGAGGAGCCCAGCCUCUGUGGUUACAGCAGAGAUCAAAGGCACCUUCUGGAUGUGUGGAGUCUCCCGGGAUCUAACUAGCUACAGGUCUGCCUUAUGGGAUCUCCUAGUCCAGGGAGGAGUCCCAUUUCCAGCUGGCCACAAAGUGGCUUGGGAAGGCUGUACUUCCCCUGGCCAACCACUGGGUGGUACUUGAGCUAACAUGGAGCAAUAAGUCCCUUACUUCCCUGCCUGCUCUUUUUUUCCCUUUUAACCAAACAAAAAACUUCAUCAGCUCUUUCCCUUUCUCUUCUGGCUCCGUGGUCAGUGUGUUAAUGACCCCCCAGAGCCUUAUGAAUAAAGAUCCAUAAGCCCCUGGCUUAGAGAAUAGAGCUUUUACCCAGGCUCUGAUGCCCCUCCCCAUGCUUCCUUCAGCAUCCUGGAGUGGGUCAGAAGGAAGAGACCAGAAAAUGAAUAAGGUGGUGGCUUGAUAGGGUCACAUACUAUAUUGGGCAAAGGAAACCAGCAUUCCUUAUGAGGUUGGGUUCUCAGAUCCUACUACUCAGGCCCUGAUGGGUUGUAAGCAAAAUAGGAGAGAAGGGUGUGCAGGCACUCACGUGGCGGGAGAAGUAGUAGAAGCUCAGCAUCAUGACGAAGAUCAUCACUGUCAUCGUGUACUUAGAAGGCACCAGGGGCAGCCUGCAGGGCAGAGAGUAAUUCAACUGAAGGCACCCAGGCUGCUCUCCUAAAAGGUGUUUCAUUCCAAUGGGGAUGCACUCUUUCCUGUCACCCUGGGUCCCAGAAAUUCCUGGCUCCUUUAGCACCUUCACAUUUACUGCCUCCCAUUGGGCAACAGUGAAGCCUUCUUAAAUCACUAAGAGCCAACCAAUCCUGGCGCCUCCUGGCUGCACUUGGAAUUCACAUCAGGGCUGCUCCCAGAUAUUUAAUAAACACUGCAUCAUCUGAUCCCAGAAGUAACUGUAAGCAUGAAGGAGCUUGGAAAAAGGACAGACUACCAUCAUAGCAAUGGCAUUGGAGCACAAUUUUGCCAUUUUUUUAUAACUAUAUAUUUUUGUAUGGAGCUAUAUAAUUAAUUUUUAUUACUGUAUAGUAUUCUGUUGCAUGAAUAUACAACUUAUAUACCAUUCACUAUUUAUAUAAUUUGGAUCGUUUUCAUUUGUUUUGAAUGUUUGUGUGGCUAUUAUGAAUUCUUGUACACAUCCUGGGGCAAAUAUAUGUACAUGAAUUUCUCUGAGGAAUGUGUGUAGCAGUGGAAUUGCUGGAAUCUAUGAGUUACCAUUGUACUUGGUAUUAUCAGACUUCUUAAUUCUUGCUAAACUGGUCUUUUGUUAUGGUCUUAA